CUAAUGGCAUGAGUGGAAGGAGGUGGGACUUCCUGUCAGCAGCCGGUGCUCCUUGUUGCUCAGGCUAACGCAUUUGCUUCUCCCUAGGUCGGCAACAGGAUGGCCCAGGUGGAGGCCCAGGGCCGCCUGUGGUUGGAAAGCCCUGCUGGGGGAGCGCCUCCCAUCUUCCUUCCCUCGGACGGGCAAACUGUUGUCCUGGGCCGGGGACCCCUGACCCAGGUCACGGACCGGAAGUGCUCCAGGAACCAAGUGGAACUGGUUGCAGACCCCGAGACACGGACGGUAGCAGUGAAACAGCUGGGCGUUAACCCUUCUACUGCUGGGACCCAGGAGUUAAAGCCCGGGUUGGAGGGCUCUCUGGGGGUGGGGGACACACUGUAUUUGGUCAAUGGCCUCCACCCACUGACCCUACGCUGGGAAGAGACGCCCACACCAGGAUCGCAGCCGGACACUCCGCCUGGCACCCCUCCACUGGCCCCGCACGAGGAAAGCGAGGAGGAUGCCGAGCAGCAGCAGAAGAGGAUGCGGAAGUCAUCCCCUGGCUGGGAGAACUUGGAGAAGCUGCUGGUGUUCACAGCACCGGGGGUGAAGCCCCGGGGCAAGGUGGCUGCCUUUGAUCUAGAUGGGACCCUCAUCACCACCCAAUCUGGGAAGGUCUUUCCCACGGGCCCCAGAGACUGGAGGAUCUUGUACCCAGAGGUUCCCAGGAGGCUCCAGCAGCUGGACACUGAGGGCUACAAGCUGGUAAUCUUCACGAAUCAGAUGGCCAUCGGGCGAGGGAAGCUGCGAGCAGAGGACUUCAAGGCCAAGGUGGAGGCGGUAGUGGAAAAGCUGGGCGUCCCCUUGCAGGUGCUAGUGUCCACACACGCGGGCCUGUGCCGGAAGCCGCUGACGGGCAUGUGGGAGCAUCUGCAGGAGCGGACACGCUGGGCUCGUGGCAGCGCUGCGUGAGCGCGUGCAAGGCAGCUCUGCAGCAGGGGAGGCGCGUGGUCAUCGACAACACAAACCCGGAUGCUGCGAGCCGGGCCAGGUACAUCCAGUGCGCCAGAGACGCGGGUGUCCCCUGCCGCUGCUUCCUCUUCACAGCCACGCUAGAGCAGGCGCGCCACCCCUCCCGGGUGAGCCGGCCCUCCCGCCAGGCCCCGCCCUCCCGCCAGUUCCGCGAGCUGAGCGGCUCAUCUCACGCGCCCGUGUCCGACGUGGUCAUGUUCGGCUACAGGAAGCAGUUCGAGGCCCCGGCGCUGGCGGAAGGUUUCUCGGAGAUCCUCAAGAUCCCGUUCCGGCUGCAGCUGGAGCCGGAACUGGAGCGGCUGUACCGCCAGUUCUCCGAGGGCUGA